ACUUUUAACUUCAAUCAAUGUCAAAUAACAUUCCUCAGUUAUUUCAUCGUUAAUUAAAAUUCUGAUAACGAGAAACGACGUAUUUUCUGUUGAUUAUCGAUCACGAGAUUCGUUCUUAUUAUUUUUCACCCAUUUCCAGUAGCGAUUAUUUUAUUGCCGCUUGUAUAAUUAACUAUGCGAUUUUUCUUAACACUGAAAACGUUAUCAGAGAGUAGUAUAAUUUUCCUUUCUAAUAUUUUCUAUUUACUUUAAUGAAAUUUAAAUUUAUUUCGUUGAUGAAAUGUUAACUUAGUGAUUAUCCGAUAUCACGUAGAAGCUUUGAUAUACGUUCAACGAAUCCACAUGUUUGUUUUACAAUUAUUCAUUUUGACGAAACAUGAAAUUAACAGGAUUUACUGUUCCAUUUAGUCAAUGGAUGUUAAAACAGAUCUGUUUUUCCUACCAAUCGGCUAUCGUUCUAAUUAAAGUCGUUAAACGUUUCGAUACGAAAUGUGCGGUGAUCGAAUAUUGGCUUAGGUUUUCAUACUGCACGAAAUUCUGUUUAAUACAAAUCCAAUGAAAUCGUACGCCGCCGGAAUUCUCUAUCGUUAUACAGAGCGAACUGCACGCUAAAGGCUGUAAUAGAAUCAGGUAUCGUAAAAUCGUGCUGGUGUUCCGGAUAAUUAACAGAAGACUCUCAGAUUUUGUAGGAAUAAUAUACAUUUAAAACGGGUUAUCUAAUUUAAAAAUCUUGAUUUUUAAGUGAUAUAAUUUCAAAUAUAUAAAUCAACAAAAUUUUCAUUCAAUAAUUUUAGUUUUAAGAAUCGAAAAUUUUCCAAUGCAAAAAAUUAAAUUUAUAAAUAGAAGACUGUCGUUAGGUAUUGUAUUAUACUUGUCAUUUGCAUUAGUUUCGAAUUGUUCGCAUCGAUAGGAGAAUCGAAUUCGAUUUUUUGCAAAUUAUUCGUGAAAUAGCGCGACUCACUUCAACGUCAAUUACCAUUUUCCCCAUAGCAAACUUAACCAAUUACUCCGAAUGAUAAAUUGGAUAUUUUUAAAAUUCGGGAAAUAUUCGAACCGGUUCAUACGACUUUUUCAGCCAUGUCCCAGGUUUGUCCGUCAUCCUCGCAUCAACUGGUCGCAGCCGCCGUAGCUUUUCGCCGAGCUCGACGUAAAUUUCCGAAAAAUUUUGGUUUAUAUAGCAAUAUAGAAGAAACAAAGUUCGAUAAGACUGAAAGCGUCAGCGGAAACGAGGAGCUAAACGAUCAAGAAAAUUCGUCGCUUCCAUCGAGAAACUGUUCAAACGGAAGAUCGAAUCGCGUGGAAGCAAAGGCAUUCUGGAACGAUGAGUGCGGCGAAAGUGGUUCGAUCAAGGAAAACUUACUCCAGAAGCCAAUAAUCUGCAGUUGUUGUCGUAAACGUAACGAUCAAUGCAAUGCUGGAGAUGCACUCGACAUCGUCCCAAGCAAAGAGCACAAUGGGAUCACGCAGAAAAGCGAAUUUUCUAAAUCGGAACAAACAGAAAGUUGUAACGCGAAGGCAAUAAAAAGUUUCAUAACGGAACCUCGAAAUUCUAGUCGUUGUCGUGGCUCAUAUUCUUAUUUUCCAAGACGAAACCCGAAAGAAACUUCCACUAAAUUGGAUUCCGUUAAUCUUCCGUACGGCUGCGAUCAGAACGAAGUGGACAAUGUUAAAAGCAGCGACUCGUCCGAGAAACGAAAUUGCAAUAAAGACGAGCACGAGUGUAAUGCCGGAGGGAGAGAUCAUAAAUCGUAUCAUCGAAACUCGCAAAAGGAUAACUACCCAUCGUCGUCUAGUAUUUCGCGCACAUUCCGUUGUGCGAAACAUUCGACCCUUGAUCUUCUACGACCUCAUCGGGAUUAUUGGUAUCGUCAGAGUCGUCAUUAUUGCUGCCAUUCUCACGAUCACUGCCAUCAUCGUUGCGACAACGAGUACAACAGUUAUUCAUCGAAGGAAAAGCGUCUCGCGUCAGACACGUGUCUCUGCUCCUCAAACUCCAAUAAUCGGAGAAAUUGCUGCUCCAAGGACCAAACCCCGCACGAAUCUAUCUGCAGUCAUAACUGUUGCGCGAACAAUUCAGAAAAGAUUUCGACGGUGCAAGAGCAGAACGACGAGGAAGUGGACGAUUCCGUGGGCACGAUCAAUCACAAGGACUCUUUGUGUAUUCUGGUGGAAAAGUACAAGACUAAUAAAAAGUGCAAGCACAAGUCAUAUCUCGGCGGCCCUGAAUUCUCGAGCGAACGAACUAAAGACGAAUGCGAUAAAUCGUUCACGUCGGAAACCAGUUGUCAACUGGAUGAAAUCGUGAACGCGAAACAAGGGGAGAAAUAUUCGAGCAGCAAUAAAUGCCGCUUCCGAGACAAUCGUGUGUCGAUGGGGAGAACGUGCAGACACGGCUGCGGUCCGAUCUUCAGGGAAGGGGACUGCAAUCAAUUCAAAAACCUCAAGUCUCGUUUAAUAAAGACUGGUACUUGUUGUUCAGCGAAAGGCACACCGUGGAGACACACGUUUUAAAUUUAACGAAGAUUCUUCACUUCAAGUUCCACUUUUUCAUACCAAGUUUUUGUAUUUAUAUCGUUUCUAGUUCGCACGUUCGUUGGCUACUCGUCUUUUUUACACACAGUAGCUAGCUGCUAUAGAUGUAUUUAUAUCGCUAUUUAUUGGUUAUUAUUUAUUAAGAAAUUCGAGUUUAACAAAAAAGGUAGAAAAAAAAGAUCAUAUCACAUAUAUAUUUUGCCAUUGUACGAAGACACCGCUCUAUGUAUUUAACAAAUUUACAUUAAACCCGCUAUAAGAUUUCUGCAUACGAAUUUUCAUUGUAAUUUUUAUCUUCGCCCACAAAAAGGGCCAAAGAAGUUUCGGACAGUAGUUCAAUUUCAAGGUUGGCGCACCGUCGUUCCUCCGGAUGGUUAUUUUUUAAGGUAUAUUGCGCUAAUAAAGUUAAUAAACUUAUUUUGGAAGUAUAUUGCUUUAAUAAAGUUAAUAAACGAG